AGUUAGGCAAAAAUGAGGCACAAGUUUAUCGUGUAUUGAGUUUUUUUGCUAUUUAUUUAGUGUUUGUUUUGUUUUGAGUGAAACUUUUGUUUUGUUUGAGUUUUUGUGAGUUUUUUUUGGUUCACUAAUUGGUCGCCGACUAACCGAUGGCCGGCUUUGAGGGCAAAAACUUUUACUUUGAUUUACAAAACUCGCCAUUAAUUGCCAAACAAUUGUCUCAAUCCAUCACUCAAUUGGGAGGGGAAAUCAAAGAGUUUCUCGACCAACGAGUGAAGUAUAUAAUCACUUCGCGACCCAAAGACCAGUGGCCGCCGAAGAAGACAACGCCAGUGAUUCAGGACAAGUCCCGGCACCAGUUGGAAGCGCUCAAAGAGCAGACCAUUCAGUCGCCAAUCAAUUUGAACAAGAAUUCAAGUUUUUCGAGGGGAUCGUUGCUGUUGUCUCGCAUUCGGGCCAAUACUGUGGCCAAUGAGUCGAAACCGGUAGUCCUGCCGACCGACGUCUUAGAGAGGGGUCGGCUCUGGAAUAUACAGAUACUGAACGCCUUGGAUGUGCUCGAGUUCUGCAAAAAGCAUUUGAGUCCACGAGUGGUCAGCGAAUGUGCCGUCAAUUCAAUACAAACCCGACGACUGAAGGGACCGCACCUGAAGGUGGAGGACAAUCGCCUCCAACACCGACCCCUCUAUAAGGAGUUCUACGAGUGGCCGACCAUUAACUUUGAAUUCCAAGAACUCUUGUGUCCAUUCGUUAAGAAAAAAGUGCAAAAUCGCGACAAACCUGUGGAACCGAUUGAGUCGCUCGAAGGGCUGGCCGUCAAGCGGUUUGAGGCCAACAAUAAGACGCCGAACGCCAAGAAUGCGGACAAUAAGUGUUUGAAUGAAAACAAUAACAUAAAUAACACCAACAAUAAGAGUCAUAAAAGUAAGACAAAGAGUCCGAAGUGUGUGACGAAGAGUCCGCCGAAGACACCGCCGAAAGACGUGACACUAAUUAAGAAGAAUCUAAUCAAAAGGCGCCGAACGCCCGCCUAUUGUGAGAUCUGUGGCGUUGAGUUCGACGACUUGGCAGAGCACCUGAAGAGCGAAGACCACGAGUCGUACUCCAGAAACGACGACAACUACAAAGAGCUUCGAGGAGUGAUUCAGUCGUUGCAGCCGUUUCUCGAGACCUCGAGUUCCGCCAAAUGUGUUAACUUUGACAGCGAUUGCAGCGACGAUACCGACUGCGACGACAACGACGACCACCCGAUCCAACACUCGGACGGCGACCUCCCGUGCAGUCCAUUCCAGUCGACGCCCAACAUGUCGACCACCAUUCAGUUGUGCGGCUCUAAACAUAAGUCCCAUUUCCUGCCCAUUCAUGAUCUCGUCGGCAAUCACUCGCCUCUUGAGCUCAUCGAAGCCGAUGAACACCCGGUGGUGGCGGAGGAGGAGCUCCACGACGGCCACCACUGCCGGCGCUCGUCCGACACCGAGUUAGAGGUCAUACCGGCGUCCAUAUCGUCGCCCAAAUGCCCACUAAAACAGACUCUUAAUUACGACAAGUGUUUGUCAAGUGAUUCAACACUGAAUGCCAUAUCAGAAGAGUUAUGAUUAUAAUCUAGUUUUAAGUCAAUUCGUGUUUAUAAUAAUUAAUUUUUAUAAUUAGUAUUAGAUUUUGAAUCUAAACAAGAG